AAAAAUUUAUACUCAAAAUAUUCACAUAUGUCAAUAAUGGUACUCUCGCUUUUCUGUGAAGAGAUUUAAUUAAACGGAUAUAGAUUAGAGGGCACCACUUGUAUGUUGUGUCUCUUGGCAACGUGCAACAUCAACUACAAUCGUGUUUUCAUUGAUGGACUGUAGCAUACAGGACUUGCAGAAUUAAAAGCCACACAUACUGGACUAAAUUUUUUAAAAAGCAGAAAAAAUGGCAACUGCUACAGUUGCAGAAAUUGAAAACAAUAUCCGCACUAUUGCGCAGACAAACAGGGUCAGGAUCUCAGAAUUUUUCUUGGAUUUUGACAAACUUAGGUCUGGAUAUGUAACAGAAACACAAUUUUUUCGGACCCUUUGGUUGAAUUUGGGUGUCAAAAUGACCCCAGGGGAAGAAAAACUGAUGGCUGCAAAAUAUGACAUCAACAGAAAUGGCAGGCUUAAUUACAGGGUGUUCUGUGACAAUAUUGAAAAGGGCUUUGAUCCAAAUGAUGUAAGAAGGGACCCAGUAACACAAAAAGUAAUUCCAGAAGAAUUUUUGGGAACCCAACGUUCUGUCCGCCCGUUGAGUCCAAAAUCUGAAAGUCGACUUGAGGAAUUGCUGAAACACAUGGGUCAGUUUUACAAAUACCAUGGCAUCAAUCUCAGGACUUGCUAUGAAGAUUUUGACAGACACCACAUUGGAAAGGUCACAGAAAGUCAGUUCUACCGUAAUUUUCCUGGCCCUGCUGAUGUUGACUCAGAGGACAUGUACCUGCUGGUGAUGAAGUAUAGAGAUCCGGGGAACCCUGGCUUGGUGGUCUACCUGAACCUUCAUCAUGAUCUGGUGGCCAUUGCGCAGAAGAUGGCACUGGCAGAUACUUCUCUCUCUGACAUUACAAAUGUGACUGAUUAUCUAGUUCCUGAGCCAGAAGCAGACCCCACACUGCAGCAGAGUUUUGAUAAGAUUAGAGUUGCUGUAUUCAAAAAUGGAGUCAGGACACCAGAAUUCUUCAGAGAUCAUGACAAGCUAAGAAGUGGCAUCAUUACUGAAAACCAAUUUGUCUGCGGACUGUCCCUGGCUAUUGGAAAAGAAGCACAGUUGUCGAGAAAUGAGAUACAGAAAAUUGCAGAAUUCUACAAAACUCCAGAUGGAAGAGUGAGAUACAAAGAGUUUUGUGAUAUGAUGGAAAAUGCAUUUAAUAUCCCUGACCUGGACAAGAAACCAACAGAAAGUGUUGUCAGACCCCCAAGAGGAGCCUUGUCUAGGACCUUAAAAGGCAUGACUCCUGAGGAAGAGGAGAGAGUGGUGAAAGUGGUCAAUGAGAUUGCAGACCAAGUGGCCAAGAGAAGACUAAUGAUGUAUCAGUAUUUCAAGGAUUUUGACAGGGGCCGUGGAUACACCAGAGUUAUAACAAAGACCCAGUUUGGCCGUCUGCUUCACUUCUUGUCUCUGAAUGUGACAUCUGAAGACUUCAAGCUUCUGUGCAGAAAGUUUGAAGACCCUGCCACGGGGGACGUCAACUACCCAGCCUUUGUGCAGACAGUGGACAGAGAAUUUGUUGGAUUCACAAUGAAUGAUGCAGAGCAGCCCAUGGAAGAGGGAAAAUCAAGCAAGUCAAAGUCUCCUACUGAGAUGACAAUGGACAUCAGUCAAGUUAAUAUUGAAGAUUUGUUGGCCAGAAUAAGGCACCACGUUCUAACAAACAGGCUGAGGGUUGCUGAAUAUUUCCAAGACUAUGAUACCCUCAGAAGUGGCAGCAUCAGUAAAAGCAGGUUUAGACGUGGCUUAGCACUUCUUGGAUUAAGCAAAAUUGGCCAUCAUGACCUGACUGACCCUCAGUUCACUGUCCUCUGCAAGUACUAUGAAAAUACACAGAAACCAGAUCAAGUGGUCUGGGUCAGGUUCCUGUGGGACCUUGAAAGUGUGUUCACUCAGCCCAACCUUGAGAAGAUGCCCACCUACCGCGUGCCUGCCCAGGAGAUCUUCCGUGUACCCAAGCCUGGCACCAUGGACUGGCGGUACGCCUCAGAGGAGCACCAGGCUAUCUUUGAGGAGGCCAUGGAGAGGCUGAGACAGAGGGCCAACCAGAGACGAGUGCUGGCUAAACCGGUUUUCCAGGACUUUGACAGACACAACAAUGGUUAUGUAACACAGGGACAGUUCCGCCAGUGCCUCACCAUGUUGGAACUACAUGCAUCAGACCCAGAGAUGGCUGCCAUUGAAGCCAAAUUCUGCAAUGACACUGGCUUCAACUAUAUUGCUUUCCUUGCUGAGCUCCAACCCCCAGAGAAGCAGCAGCUGCGGUACCUGGAACGUCUUCAAGACAUGAGAGCUACCAAUCAGAAGAAAAAACUUCCCGAAUUGAACAUUUGUACCGAUUUUGAAAGUUUGAUUGCAAAACUAAAAACCAAGGUUGUUAGGGAGCGUAUUCGUGUGCUUGAAUUCAUGCGUGAUUACGACAAGCUAAGAACAGGUCGCAUGCUGAAGACCUCUUUCAGAAGGGCAUUGGAUUUGUGUAAAUUCGAACUAAAGGAAUCAGAAGUUGCCAUCUUAGAAGACAAAUACAAAAGUUUCCAACAGCCAGAGUAUGUAGAAUACCUUAAAUUCUCUGAUGAAAUGGAGUCAGUUUUUACAACCAAAGAACUGGAGAAAGCUCCUAUGCUUGAUGUUGAACAGUUCAAGCCUCCAGUGGAGUGGGAACAAAACCAGCUCCUACCUGAAGCAGAGGAGAUGGCCAAACGCUGCAUGGACAGAUUGGCUGAAAAGGUACGGAAACACAGAAUGCAGCUGUUCCCACUGUUCGAGGACUAUGACAGAGUUCACAAUGGCACAGUGUCAAGGUCACAGUUCCGUAGGGUUCUCAGUGAGCUGGAUCUCGGUAGUCUUGUGAGCGAUCAAGAAUUCAACCUUAUAUAUGAGAAGUUUGAUGUCAAAGUGGGAGGCAAAGAUGAUGUGAAUUAUAUAGGUUUCUGUGAUAUGAUCUAUGACUUGGCCAAAUUUGAGUGGAGAAAGCCCUAAGCCAGCACUGCUGAAAAAUUCUACAAAAGUUAACAGACUUAAGAUGUUACAUUUACCACAACACCAUUAUGAUUUUUAUGGUUUUCUUUCAGUAUUGAAAAUGUAUUGUUAUUACUUUUUAAAGACAAUGCUCUAGGUGAAAAUGACAGUUGUGAACAUUGUAUUUGAACAGUGGUAUAGCAAUUUGAAAAGAAACACCCAAACAUAUAUAUAAAUGAAUAAGUCUGUAUAUUCAAGCUGCAUCACAAGUCAAAAGAAAAACAGUUCAAAAGUAUGUACAUAUGUA